CUUUACCUCUAUAUUCUACAGUAAUCGAUACACAAUACGAUCAUACGACUCUGCGAAUGUCAUUGCGGAAACGUGGAUGUAAACCUGAUAGAAGGGAAAACGUAUAAUUUUCAUAUUUAACGUCUUCAACAUUUUGUAAAAUUUCAAUACUGUUGAAAAGCGCACGCGUGUUCUUGCACAUACGUGCACAUUAAAUGCCACGUUGUAUCCGAUAACCAAUAGGACUUUGAACGAACCAGAUGCUAAUGUAUCACCGGUAGAAGAAGUUGUCGGUCUUGUCAAAUCUCGUAGCAUAAUACUGCAUAACACUUCAUUCGCAAUGAAGUCUAAACUCUACAUUGCAUUUUUUAUUCUUUCUGUUAUAAGCUUAAGCUAUGUCGCCUGUCAAUACCGAACAAAAAACAAUCAAGGUUCCUCCUUAGCAGAACGCAUGCAGCAAUUAAUGGAAAUGGCUAUGAAGAGAUCGGUACUAAAAUUUAAUGGACCGAAAUUUAAACAGUAUAUUAAAGCUACUCCAAGAAAUUAUUCUGUUAUAGUUAUGUUUACUGCCAUGGCUCCUCAAAGGCAAUGUCAGAUUUGCAGGCAUGCCAAUGAUGAAUUUACAGUAGUAGCCAAUUCAUUUCGGUAUUCUCAGGUAUACUCCAAUAAAUUAUUCUUUGUUUCCAUUGAUUUCGAUGAAGGAUCAGAUGUAUUUCAAUUGAUGAGAUUGAAUACUGCUCCAGUAUAUAUGCAUUUCCCACCCAAAGGAAAACCAAAAGCUGCUGAUACUAUGGAUAUUCAGAGGGUAGGGUUUGCUGCAGAAGCAAUAGCGAAAUGGAUUGGUGAACGCACAGAUAUUCAGAUCAGGGUAUUUAGACCACCAAAUUACUCUAGCACGGUAGCAGUAGUAAUGUUGUUAGUUUUCAUAGGAGGUUUCCUGUAUCUUAGACGUAACAACUUGGACUUUAUCUAUAAUAAAACCAUUUGGGGACUUGGUGCUUUAUUUUUCACUUUAACUAUGACUUCUGGACAAAUGUGGAAUCAUAUUAGAGGGCCACCUUUUGUUCAUAAAUCACCUAACGGCAAUGUAGCUUAUAUUCAUGGAUCUUCUCAAGGACAGUUUGUAUUUGAAACAUAUAUCGUUAUGAUUUUCAAUGGUGUAGUGGUGUUGGGAAUGAUUCUAAUGACUGAAGCUGCAGCUCGUAAAGGUGAUGUCAAGAAGCGCAGAAUAUUCGCUGUGAUAGGUAUGGGAUUAGUCGCAGUUUUCUUUAGUCUUCUUUUAUCAAUAUUCAGGAACAAAGCUCAAGGCUAUCCAUAUAGCUUAUUAUUCAAGUAGCUAACAGGUGUAAAAAAGAACAUUUUCAUAUAUUCUCCAUUAGAACAGAAAACAUUUGCAGGUUGAUACAGAAUAUGAAACUAAAAAGAUUUUUUACAAAUACAGGCUGAAAUGUUAUAUUGUUGUGAAUGCUAUAUCAUUAUAUUCAUUAUAUUGUAUAAAUAAUGUAAAAGAAUCCACAUUUGA